ACCAAAGUGCUACAAUUGGUAAGGGACUUGGAAUGGGGUUGUAUGCUGUCCCAGCAGGAAGUUGGGUGGCAGAUGCUUCCCCCAAUGGGAUGGGUAAGGGGGAGACUGGGAGAUGUGGGACGUGGGGCAAUGGGUUCCCUGUGACAGGCAGUGCUGGUUUCGCCAUGAUCCAUGGCAAUUCCAUAGGCAAAUAUGAUCAGGCCCAGCAUGUACAAUGGCUUGAGUUUGUGUAUCUGGGUUCUAGUGAGAGCAGGAAAAGCUGCCACUUUCCUCUACACCUUGACUCCUCUUACGUUCUCAGCUCAAAAAAGCUAAUUCUAUGGAAGAACCAGCCUCUUGUAGAAUAUCAGAUGAAAGUGAGCAUUGUUCAAAGUAGAAUGCGCUGGUGUUUCCAUAUAAGUUUAGCAUAUGCUCUUCAAGCACGUCUGCAGUAUCAGGGACAGCUGCAGCAGCUCGAACUAGAAAACAAAUAAAGAUAAGUUUCGAUCAAAAUAAAAUAAAAUAUCUGGCACACUAUAUCAUAUUCAUUUGGCACAGAAAGAGCCCUGUUGGUGGAACCAAAUGUUUACUCUUUAAAAACAAAAUUAUAUGUAAAAACAACUAUUGUAUCCUUGGAUAACAAGAAAGCAAGAAGAUGAAGAGAGGGAGGAGAUCACCUGUGGUCUUUAAAUUAGUAAUUUUGUUGGACUCCAUGACACUUUCUCCAUUCUGCUUGUGAGUAAGCCAAGUUCCCAAACGUCACCAUUCACAAAACAUCCUGUUUGGUACCAACUGUGGGGGAGUAUCUUGAGGUCCCUUGUAUAAUUUUAAGAACUAUAUUUUGGUCCUCAAUGUUUCUGAAUAUUUCUGCUUUGUUUCUGAGGGGAAGAACUAGUAUGUUCUGUCUUGAAUAAUAUAUCGGCGUUUUUGAUGUCACGCGGGAAGAACCACAGUGAUGCCGAAGAAGGAAGUCUGUACCGUAACCACAUUACAACCAUGCCAAAAACCUGUUCAUCACCCUGAGAAGCAAAUAUGAGGAUUGGUUGGUGUGUGACUAUUCUCCUCUUGCAAGCAGAAUGCACAAAUUUGAAGAUCACUCAAUCCCCGCUGAGUCUUGUGCUGCAAAAAGGCAAAACCGCUGAGCUGAAAUGCAAUCAAACGUAUGGGCAUGAUGUUAUGUUUUGGUACAGGCAGGACAGAGGACAGGAGUUACAGCUCCUCUUUCAUUUCUAUUAUGAAAGCAUGCAAGAUACUGGCAAAAAGCCCGACCGCUUCACUCCCGAGAAGACCCAGAAGGAGAUUUGCAACCUGAAAAUUAAUCCUGUGGAGCCAGGGGAUUCGGCUGUGUAUUUCUGUGCAAGCAGCUUAGACACAGCACUUCAAAGUAACCUUGUCUUCCUACAAAAACCUCUUUGUGUUAGCAUUAUUCCUGUGCAGACAAACUGUCUGAUUAAUACAGAAAUAGAAAUAAGUCAAUAUCCUGACUAUCUGCAGUCUGAAAAAUUUGCUGCCCCUUUGGAUGAUGACGACGACAAGAUUGUUGGUGGGUACACUUGCCAGAGAAACUCUGUUCCCUAUCAGGUGUCACUGAAUGCUGGAUACCAUUUCUGUGGUGGUUCCCUCAUCCAGGACAGAUGGGUGCUUUCAGCUGCUCAUUGCUACAAAUCCCGCAUCCAAGUAAGGCUUGGUGAGCACAACAUUAUGGAGCUGGAAGGGGGGGAGCAGUUUGUCGACUCUGAAAAAGUCAUUCGCCAUCCCCAAUACAACUCUUGGCUCCUGGAUAACGACAUUAUGCUGAUCAAGCUGAAAGACCGUGCUGAACUGUCCACACGCAUUGCACCCAUUGCUUUGGGAAAAGGAUGUGCAGCUACUGGGACUAGCUGUUUGAUAUCUGGAUGGGGCAACACACUCAGUGAUGGGGUUAACGCAGAUAACUGCCUCCGGAAAUUUAUUAUUGUAACUCUGUUUGGCACUGUGUCAAACACCCAACAGUACUUUGGCCGAGGAAGCAGGCUGACAGUUCUAGAAGAGGGACAAAUUACCUCCCCUCCAAAAGUAACCAUAUUUGCCCCAUCUGAAGAAGAAGUCAAAGAAAAGCAGAAGGCUACAAUUGUGUGCUUGGCUACCAAUUUCUUCCCCGAUCAUGUCAGUCUUACAUGGUAUCUGAAUGAUGAAGUGAGAACAGAUGGAGUAAAGACAGAAACACCUCAGUAUGACAAGACCAAGAAAGAAUACUCCCUGAUCAGUCGUAUCAGGAUCACCAUCAAAGAGUGGCAGAAUUCAAAUAAUAAAUUCAGGUGUAAUGUUGAGUUCUAUGACGAGAAUGGAAAGUCAGACUACAUCGAUGAAAUAUUUGGAAGAGACUGUGAUGGUGGCAGUGCUGCAGCAAAAGAGACAUAUCUCAAAAGAGCCAACCUUGGGAAGCUGGUCUACAUCCUUCUCAUUUUCAAGAGUACUUUGUAUGGGGCAUUUGUGAUGGUGUUGAAGCUACGGAAAAAGGUGGUGCCCUAGAAGACCUUUACAAGAGAACAUCUUACUUGAAUUUGGUGAAUUCCAGAAAGGAAGAGAAAAAUAUACAUUCUUGCCUUGUGGCAUUUACAGCAGCAUUUUGGCUCUCCCACUUUGAAAUGAAAAUAGCUUUUUUGAGUUAGUAAUAAUUUGUCAUAAUUGUCAUAUUGUAGCAAAACCACAGCACAUUUUGUAGUUUUCUGGUGCUCUCCCUCCCCCCAAUUUUAAUUAUCCUUUUUGGGCAGUAAGUAUAUUUGAAUUUGCCAUUUUAUAGUACAAUUCUAUACAUGCCUCAUUAGAAACCAGUCUAGGUUCAGUGGGAUUACUUUCACGUAAAUCAGCCUAAUAGUGAAGCUUUGAUUUUCCAAAGGAGGGCUGGACAGCUCAGAAGAGUAUCCUACAAAAUCCAGUGGGUUCCAUAGGACUACACCUUGAAAACAUAGCUUUCACUGGUACAACAUGUAAUUUUUCUCUGAUUCUUUGCUGUGGCCUAUUUUAAUAAAGUGGCAGGACAUUUUU